ACAUCACAUUUUUCUCGCUGCUGUCACCGAUUUUCUAUCUCUCAUCAGAACACUCUUCGGCAAUAUUUGUACUGCAUAAGAUUCCACUGAAUAGGUGAAUACACAACUGAAAAAUGUCGUUUGUCUUGAGAAGUUCCCGUUUAUUGGCCCGUCAAGGUGCCCAAUUGAUGCAAGCACGCAAUUUUGCUGAUGCAGCGCCAUUGAAAUUGACAUUGGCUGGAGCUAACAAAGUGUUCUACGAUUCAGUCGAAGUUAAACAAGUCGAUGUACCAUCGUACAGCGGGGAUUUCGGUAUUUUGGCUACACACGUUCCAACACUUGCCGUCUUAAAACCAGGAGUUGUUACUGUUUAUGAAAAUGACGGAGCACAAAAGAAAGUGUUCGUUUCCAGCGGAACGAUUACCGUAAAUGUUGAUUCCAGUGUACAAGUUUUGGCGGAAGAAGCCCAUCCACUCGAAGAUCUCGAUGCCCGUGCCGCUCAAGAAGCAUUGUCAGCCGCUCAAUCUGAAUUGUCAUCGGCAAAAGACGACAAAGCCCGUGCCGAAGCCACAUUAGCUGUUGAAGUUGCCGAAUCCAUUGUCAAAGCUGUACAAUAAAUUCAUUUUGAUUUAUGUUCAAGUGUAAUUCAGUAACAAAACCAUUUUUAAUUUAAUUGCAAUACUAUGCGGAUAUUUUGACUCAUUAUGUGUGUUGUAAUAUCAACAACAACAACAACAAAAACAGCUACAUCAGUGAUGUUUAACAAGAUCAAAUCGAAUCCCACUGUUCAGUCAACCCGGUGUAAUUUCAACAUUGAAUAAAAAAAAUAAAAUCCAAACAAAACA